UCCCUCAGCUACAGUAAUCUAAACUGCGUCUACAGUAGAUGAAGCUAUCCACGCUGAUUGCAUUUUGUACAGCUAUCCAAACUAUCUACAAUUUAUGCAACUAUCUACAGUGAGUACAGUCAUCUGCACCGUCUACAUAAGAUGCUACUACCUACACCAUCCUUUAAUACUUCACUCAUCUAUCGUCACAGCCUACGGACGGAAUCUACUGAGCUUUCCACGCUAAAUAUGGUUUUCUCAGCUAUCUUCCAUGUCUGCAGUAGAUACAGCUGUCUAUGUCGCCUAACGUAAAUAUUUUUAUAUACAUAUGCAUAUACAUAUGAGUGUAGUGUAAGGUACGUAUUUUUCUGUUCUUGCCGGCAUGAAAUCUACUACUUCUUUGUUUCUUUCCUUCCCGCCGAGGUCAGCGGUUUACCAGCUGAAACUAAGAAUCAUGAAAUUUUGCUUCAUUGAGAAAUUCUCUGCGUUGUGAGCCAGCGUUUUUUUUCUCUGAUUGCAAACUAGAAAAACUUAACUUUAAAUGAGUGAUUUCCUAACACGCUGCAGGGAUUAUUACCGGGUUGGAUUUACGCAGAAUGAAAAGGAAUGGUUGCGGACGUUUUAUUAUGAUAUAGAAAAAUGUAUCCGACAAAAUGAAAGCGAAGCGGAGUUCGUCGAAGUAUGUCUGGCUGUGUUGCAUCAGAUAAGAGAUUUACGCUGUGUCAAGGAUACAGAGGAUUAUCAAGAAUGGCUUCCUGUCAGUCAGCAAGUUGUACCACUUGAUACACUACUUAGAGAAAGCAGCGAUGUUUGUGGAGGUUCUCUCUGUAGUCAAUCAGAAGAAGAAAGUUCGAUUCCAGAAUACAAGCAUGCUUGUAAAUUGCCUUUUAUCCUCUUGGGAUAUUUGACUUCACAACCCAAGUCUUCCAAAUCUGGAAAAGCUUUAGGCACUCUGUACCUAGAGGAUAAUUUUGCAGCGAUUGUUUGUGAGAUAAUAAAUCCCAACAAGGACUACCUUGAGAGACUAUUACUCAUUCCUCAGUGGAAUUAUGUUCCCCUGUCAUCUUCAUCAGCAGUUAGGGAAGAUGUAAAGGAUAGUAAUGGAGGUUACCUUGAGAUCAUCAGCAUAGGCACACCAAUUGUAGUUACAAAAACAAGUGAACCUGAUGACAAUUUCUCCACAAGUUAUGUUUUCAGCAUCAAAGAGUUUCAGGAACAAGGGAGUUCAACAGUCAACUUGAAUAUGCAAGGAUCCAUUUUCACUUUGAGCCCAAUUCACAGCAUGAGUGUUGGUAAGCCUUUCUUUCUGGUCAAAAUUUCCUGUGCUGAGACAAGCCUUACCACUUCCAUAGUGAUUCAGGGUGAACAGUUUAUGUUCUGGCACAAUUUCCUUCAAAUCAAUGAGCAUUAUGUUUUCCAUAACCUAAGAGAGACUACAAUGAACAAGGGAACUCAAAAUGAAAGAAAGAUCCUUGCCACAACGCGUCGAUCAGACUUGCGGAAAUACCGACCAAGAGGCGUGAAACGAGUUCAUGAAGACGAACAGAGAGAGUCAAAGCGCCCAAGAAUCUCAAAGGAAAAAGAUGAGGUCUUGAAUCAGCGUAGAAUAUUUCCAAGUCAUAAAGGCUACUUGAGAUGUGCAGGGACCAACCGGGCAGAGGCAACAGUAUUACAGCUUGGAAAACCAAAGCUACCGGUCAACAUUACCUACACGGGCGUUAUUACAAGAUGCAUCAACCGUGAAGCUGGAGUUUUUGAACUGGACAAUAAAAUAAGUUUGUACAUUAGUCACCAGCCUUCUGCGAAUUGUGGUCGCGGUCUGCGUGUUGGGGCACACGUGACUGCUUACAAUGUACACUUGUGCAAGAAAGGGAAGAAAACCCUUGGCAUGUGCUGCUGCACACAAAGUACAGUGCGGGUGGUAAAGUUCUCACUUCUAGCUUCACCUUGGAAGCCGUUUAACCCAUGUGAGAGUCCCUUGGCUUUACUUGGACAGAAUCUCACUUUGGCUGAUUAUGUGGACCUACUCGAGAUGUGCCAAAAUGUUCUGGAUAAAUUCUCAGCACUAUUCAGGACAAGGCAGCUUGUCGCUUACUCUGUAAAACAGAGCAGAAAAGUAAAAGAAGAUUUGGCGAAAGAAAGUGUAUUGGAAUUGUUGCUUUCCUUCGUAAAAUGCAACUCAGUUACUAUGAAUAUUCCAUCAAGAAACAUCUAUGACGAGUUCUUCGAGGUACCGCAUGAAUGCCACCCAAAUCAGACCAGUCCACUGACCUUCCCGUGGCUCCCUACAAUCAAAGAGUUCCUUGAUGCUGUAAGUCAGAUAAGCUGUGAUGAGCCUUGGCUGAGUGGACUGCCUGGUCAAACAACUACAUUUACACAGGAAGAGUGGACGUACAAAAUUUUGAGUCAAGAAAGCUUCAGUCGUCCAUUGAUUCUGGUUGGUUGUCUCGGUUACUCUUCAAACGCUGGCCAAUUGCGCUUACUUGAUCAAACGGGAGAAAUCAACUGCAUGAUCGCACCUAAAGACGAAAAUCCCACGGAACAUGAUUGCGCUAAAAACUGCUGUGAGAAAGCUACUAUCAAAGAGCAGUGUUCACGAUGUCCCUUUUCACAAACCCGGAGUUUGAGUGCAAUGAUUCAAAUUAACAAGUUUGAGGUAGUUGUGGAGAAAUUUCACUCUAGAGGUCUUGUUCAGGAAGAUUUGGAUAGAGAUAGAAAUCGAUUAUACGUGCAGUUCUCCUUUGAUGAUACGGAAAUCUUGAUUCCUAAACACGAGAGUAAAGUGGAGAAAUAUUGUACAAAAAGGACAAAUAGAUUUGAAGCAGGCACAACGGAUGCAAACUUAGAAAGAGAGCUCAACGGAAAUCUUGAAAGUAAAAGUGACUGCUUUGUAUGUAAGGUUAUUUUUAUGGUUAGGAACUGCGAAGUGCCAAUGCUUCGACGAUUGAGAGAGGAAGUUUGCUAUCCUUGUGGUGUUGAAAUAAAAGUCGUCGCUGUUUAUAAAAGUAUAACUCAAGACGUGUCUGUAACUAACGAUGAGACUUCAGAAGAAGUUCUUCCCUGCGGUUCAAAUUUGCCGAAGCUUCUCUCGGACUUCAAGCUUCAGGAAAAGAACGCAGCUCUAAAACUUGAGAAGAAAAGCUUGUACUUGGCCCACGUUCUUCAUCCGGGAUGCUUCUACGUCAUGACCGAGAUAGUCCCUGAUGAGAAACAGUCCCGUCUGAUACAAAAUGGAGACUUACAAGUACUGAUAAGUGUUAGCUCUGAUGUGCUUUUGGAGAGAAUCUGCUGGUGUGAAAGAUGUGACUCAAACUCGCCAAAGGAGACAGAAAGCAGCUGUGAUAUUAUCAAGGCACUUACUGAUUUGAAGGAAGAUUUCUUGAAGAAUGAUACCCUGUUAAGUGUGGACUCUGUUCUUGGUGAAGGAACCCUUACAGGGGUGACCGGAAACGAGACGUCUCUGAAGCAAAGCCGUCCCUCCAGUACGCAAGUUAGUUUCCAUGGUCUGAUUAUUAGCCGAGAUCUGCGCCAGUCAGACUGUCCCAGUCAGCGGCUUCCUAAUGAUCUAGUGGAACUGCCUAAGUUUGGUCCAGUCAAGAUGUCAGUCAUAAAAGAUCUACAGCUAGGCUUUACUCUGCUCGGAAACAAGAUUAUUCAGCUGAGAGUGCGUGACCUGGAUUCACCAAAUACCAUAUCUGUUUACCUGGACUUCAGAAAAACCUCUUAUAUUGAUGGAAUUUUACCUGGUGCCAUUGUCCGAUUCCGAAGGUUGGUGAGAAAAUUCUCCCGAACCAGAAACAUGUAUUGCACAUUUGAGGCGUGUUCUUCGAUUUUCGUGAAAAGACGAGCAGCAAAGAACUUAACCAGCAUCCAGCCGACACCACAAUUUUCAUUCAGCAUAGCAGCAUCUUCAUCUAAUGAAGCGCUCACCAAAGAACUUCCAAAUCAAUGUCUCAUCAGACUCAUUCAGAGCGAAGCACAAGGGAGAUUUGUUCAAACCAUUUCACGUGUGCGUUGCCGAGUAAUAGCUGUGCAGAGAGCUAGCCUGCGGUGGCUUUGUAAACGGUGCGGUGAACUGGUAGCUAGGAACGAGUGUGCCGCUUGUUGCUUUUCUUCCCCCGGAUACAAGCUUAAUGCCGAAGCCAGAUGUGUUGUGGAAGACGGUACAGGCGAAGCCCAGGUCUACGUGUAUGACGACCUUGUGCCCACGUUAUUGAGACUUUCCGAUCAGCAGUGGCAUCAUCUUCAGGACUUGGCUAUGCGCUCUGGCGAGUUACUGUAUCAGCGGCAAUGGUAUGGUGCACGCGGCCGAGUGAAGACCAACUUGAACGAAGGAAGCUUGUCCAGAGAAACAGAAGCUAAGUUAACGUGGGAGUAUCAUUGUGUUUCAUCCCAGGUCUCACGGCGCAUUGUGCUGCAAGGAAAAUUGUUUCGCUUCAGGAAGGAUGGAGCUAACAACACAGAACAAGGCAAGGAGUCCCGUAAUAUUACUGUGGGUUCCACAGAACACUCUACACUCGUGUUACCUAAACUACUCUUACGAGCUGUGUCUAUUGCCGAGGUUCGCGCGACGGAGGAAAUUCGACAACUGCUUCAACAAGGACGAGAUGGACUUCAGUGAAUUUGUUUCAAAGUAAACUACUGA